AUGGCUUCUCGGUCAGUCGGAGAGCUUCAGGAGAUGGAAGUGGACCGGAGGGGAGAGUCUGAGGAGUCUGGGGACGAUGAGACCAGGAGGAAGAGCGCCAAUGGCGCCGUGGACCCCAACCAGCCCGCUGCAACAAUUAAAGAAGAGUCUCCUGUUGACAUGGACACCAUCAAUUUGGACCCAGAGGAAGAGGAUGUUGAUCUUGUUCAUUGUCGUAUCGGGAAGAUUGAAGGAUUGGAGGUGCUACGGAAAGCUAAAACACUCUCCUUACGACAGAAUCUCAUCAAAAAGAUAGAAAACCUUGAAAGUUUGAGCUCGCUGCAUGAACUCGAUCUCUAUGACAAUCAGAUUCGCAAACUGGAGAACCUGCACAACCUCACAGAGUUAGAGCAGCUUGACAUGUCCUUCAAUAUGCUGAGGAAGGUGGAGGGUUUGGAGCAAAUGACUCGGCUGAAGAAACUUUUUCUACUUCACAACAAAAUUGGUAGCAUUGCCAACCUGGAACACCUCACAGGUCUGGACAUGCUGGAGCUGGGCUCCAAUCGCAUCCGGGUCAUAGAGAACCUGGAUACACUUUCAUCUUUGCAAAGUUUGUUUCUCGGCACCAACAAAAUAGCUACGCUUCAGAGUCUGGAGGGUUUACACAGCCUGAUGGUUUUAAGCAUUCAGAGUAACCGGAUCACUAAAAUUGAGGGUCUACAGAAUCUUGUCAACCUGAAAGAGCUCUAUCUGAGCCACAAUGGCAUUGAGGUCAUCGAGGGCUUGGAAAACAACAAAAAGCUCACAACCCUGGACAUCGCAGCCAAUCGAGUGAGGAAAAUUGAAAACAUCAGCCAUCUGACAGACCUGCAGGAGUUCUGGAUGAACGAUAAUCAGAUCGAUAACUGGUCCGACCUCGACGAGUUGAAGAACGCCAAGUCUCUGGAGACGGUCUACCUUGAAAGAAACCCCGUUCAGAAGGAUCCGCAGUACCGGCGGAAGAUCAUGUUGGCGCUGCCCAGUGUGCGCCAGAUCGACGCCACCUUCAUCCGCUUCUGAGCGGCAGGGUGACAAACCACCUGCCAGCUCCGCAGUGUUCCCCUCCCCCGCCGCCCUGCGCGCCCUACCUCCAAAAACAGACUUCAUUUUGAAACGCACUGGUCUCCCCGAAUCACAUCGUCACUCCGUACACAAACACGCGUUUCAACAGUCACCCUCACACACUCGACACACACGUAUGCACUCAUUCACACCUCGGCCGACGCCUUUGGGAGGAAGCGUAUAUAUUUCUCGAGCUGGAGAUGAACUGUGAGCGGGAUAUCAAAAAGGUACCCCGUGGCCAGUUCCUCAUUUUUCUGCAGUUUUUUUUUUUUUUGCAUGCGAGAUGACGUAGGGAGACGUAUGUCCUCCAUCAUUCGGGGCCCAUCGGGAAAACCAGAUGUCAGUCGUCAUGAUAUUCUUGAGGUUGCACUGCUAUUGUAUGAGAAGAAAGAGUGGCAUUCUGGUUAGGGUUUGAGGGAUUCUGAUUGCGAGUUUAUUCUUUUUGGUUGGACGGGGUGGGACUCGUAAACAAUUAAACACACAAACGUAUUCAAGGAGAAGUCCCGAAGAGAAUAUAGUUAACAAAAUGUAGUGGUCAGAUUGAAGGAGUUGCCACAGCAGCAUCUCAGACGAGGCCUAACGCGCCACACUGACGCCACGUCGCUCUCUUUUUGAAGGAAAACAACAAAAACUGAUCGAGCGUUUUAAUAAACUGGUAUCAUUACUGAUGAAGGGCAAAUCUUGACCUCUGUCUUUUCCUUGUCCACAUAUUGUAUAGCCCAUUCUGUGAUUUAAUGAGAGUGACAUUUGCAUUAAAACACAGCUCAUGAGAAAACAUCAUUUAAUGUGCCCUGAAAGAUGGUUUUGUAAUCAGUUUUGUUUUUUACCUUGAAUGCAUCACUGAUUACAGCUUGUUUUUUUGACUUUGGGGAAAUUGUUCAUACAUUUGAUCUGUUCUGAUAACAAUAACAUGUAGAGGUUUUAAGUGAAGUGAAUUUACUUAAUGACAGGACUGCACAUAUGUGUUGAUAACUGAUGUAAGAUAAAUUACUUAUUUCUGUUCACAAUUCUUUUAAAUACAUUUUGAGGUAUGUACAUAAGUACAUAUUCUUGUUUGGCCUUCAGUACUGCUUAAUAGAUAAUGUAUAUUUAUGUUGCCAUGGGAUUUUUUGGAUCAGGCACUAAGGUUGAACCCAAAAAUAUCCUUUGGGUCCCCUGCAUACAUUAUGCUUGAGUGCACUUGAUUUACUCCUAGGUUACAAUGAACAGGUGAUGUAUCUUUUAUUAUAGAGUAAUUUCUCACCUCAGGACUAAAAGGUCCCAUUUGGACACGGUUAAGAUGCAUUGGUUCACACGGAGAACGCCGACCUAAGUGCUUUCUGUGCAACAUAAGAUACUGACCAUUAGCAUCUAAUUCCUUUCAUCUGGGCCUGAAGUGCAUCUUUAAACUCAAAUCGUCCAGAGUUAACAUUGUAUCUCCCUUUGUAGGCAGGGACAUAACUGCAUAUGAUGCUGGCUUGUAUUAUAGGUGUCUUUAGUUUACAAUUUGCCCUCUUUUAAAGGAUUUUAUCAUGAAUUAAAUUGUUUAUUUUUUUUAUUUGACCCUAACUCAACUAGAACAUGCAUCGGCCCAUUAUACAUUAUUGAUGUGAAUGUGAUGUUAUUAUAUUUAGCUUCACGUAGAAUUACAAUUGGUCAGUAGGUCUGAAAGUGUCACUUAUUGAAUAUAAUUUGGACAUCUCAUGAUGUCCAAAUUCACCUCCAUCAUCAUCACCUAGCUGUUGAAAAGUUAAAUUAAUUUUCUUUCUUUCAUGUAAAUGCCAGGCAGCACCAGCUUUAUUUGAGAACUGUGACUAAGGGCUUGACCUUGAUUUGUUACUGAAUAAGCAAUUAUUGUAAUUGCCAGUAGCUGAUUGUUGUUCGAACUGAGUCUUCAGUUUCUGGACUUAGUUCAUGCUGUUUUCAAACUGAAUGUAUUCUGCAAAUAAAAAAAUCACAACUUAAAGAGAAA